CUUUUUAUUGUUCCUCCCUUUCGCUUGCAAUUAUUCAUAUCAAGCAAGCUUUCAUGAGAUGACAGGUGUGCCAUUGUCCCGAAAAGGGGAUAUGUAGUUGAUCAAUAAACAGGGAGAAAAGUGGCUUCUGACAAGCCACGUUUUACUGCUAUCGGCAAUCUCACGAAAGGGAGGGUUUUGUAUGAAAAGUAUAUAUGGAGCCCACCUUCUGAGAUGGGGUUUUCUACUUUUUUACUUUUUGAUUAUUUUAUUUAUUCCUAGGCCACAUCAUGCGUUUCAAUCUUAUUUCGCUCGGCAUUGCUGUUGUCGCUAUCUCUGCUGUGUAUGCCGAAGACAAUGACGAUAAUGAAAGACCGUACAUGAGAGCAAAUAGAGGUUACUCGCGACAUUGGGAAAUCAAACACAAUACGCCUCCUCUCUUGACACUGGGUCAACCUCCCAGCAACAGCGCCGCCGGUACCCCACCUCCUCCCGCUUUGCCACUCGGCAAUUUGAUUCAAGCCGCCGUUUCCAACAACGGUGAAGGUAUUGCUUUUACCAAUCCUGAAGAAGGCGACACCUACGUACGCAAUGUCGAACAGCACAAGCAUAUCAGUGGCAGCGGCAAGAAUACCGAUUCCGUUGUUCAGGUGGCCAAGAAGAAACGCGGUCUGGCGGAUCUGUUAGCCAGCCUGCGCACAGGAAAAAUAUCCGGCUUUCAAUCGGGUCCUUCUGCAGACGGUUCUGGCAAGAUGGUGUCUCCCGCAGCACUCGCCCUUAACUUUCCUGACAACACAAAUAAUUUGCUGACCCGCCGUUCGUCUGUUCCUCUGGAAAAGCGUCUGAAAAUUGCUAAUGGGCUCUUGACACCAAGUGAAGACGGUUACAAGCCCGCAAGCAUGCUUUCCAGCGAAUUUUAUGAACCAACGGAACCGCAAGAAGCUCAAGAAGCUCAAGAAAUUCAAGAAUCAUCCUAUAUUCCCAACAAUCUUCUUGCAUUAGCCCUCUAAAUAUGUUUCUCAACUCGAAUGCACUCACAUGCGUUUGACACGUAUGAUUACACUGUUUUGUGGCCCGCUCUUUUUCUUUAAAGUUCGU